CGUGCCCCGCAUCGGACGCGGUGAGCGUCGAGCAACGCAGCGUUCGGCGCGACAACGAAAUGUGCGCCUGAGCAAGCGACGCACGCCUGAGCCUUAGAAACAGCUAGUUUCUAAGGCAACACCGCGUUCACUAGAGGCGCUUUUGUACCGCUUUGAAGCAUCGAACUCGUGGCUCAGUGAAGACGCGUCUUGGCUACCGAAGUGGCAGGACGUGCUAUCAUGUGCUCCGAAGGAGCGGUAUCAGCGGCCCAUCUUGGCCGCGGAAACAGGAAUGUUGAUGAAGACAGCCAAGAUUACCAAGUGAUGCUGCCCCAACUGCCGAAAGGUCCGAUUGUUUUUAAUACUGUGUUUUUGCAUGGCGAUAUCCGUGCUCGGCCGUACAGAGUUGAGAACUACCGUGACGCCCUGGCCAGCUUGAAAGUGCUCCCCGAGGUCGUCGCCUUGGGAGCUUUCCAAAUGAACCACGUGUGGGCCGUAACAAUGAAGAGCUCGGAAGCCGUCAACAAACUGCUAACAGCUGCAACAAUUAUUGUCAAGGGCCGGCGAUGCCUGGUGGUUGAUCCCAACAACCAAGACCUACGUCUUAAAAUGCACUGGGUCCUCCAUAACGUCAGCGAUGAAGAUGUACGCGAGGCCUUAGCGCCGUACGGCGAAGUUACGGAAGUCUCACGAGAGCGCUGGCGCGCACAGGGCGUGACAGACAAGGGCUCCACUACGCGUCUGGUGAAUCUCAAGUUGAAGCCUGGCGUUAAAAGUGAUGAUAUCCCACACCAGCUGCGUGUUGCCGGAGAGCCUGCUUUAUUAGUGGUGCCUGGAAGGCCGCCGCUUUGUUUGCGCUGCCAGGGAAAAGGUCACGUUCGCAGAGAGUGCCGGGUGCCACGAUGCUCGCGCUGCAAACGUUUCGGUCAUGACGAAAGUCAGUGUGCACCUACAUACGCGAACGUCACAGGGCCCAUAAGGAGUACUGACUCUUCUGAGCUCGUCAUGGACGAGGCAGAAGCUGAGGAAACGGCGGCAGUAGAAAACGCGAAGUUGGAACCACAACCAACGCUCCCGGCAAUGGUCCCCGCCCCCUUGCAGCGAGCCGUUACUUCGGUGCCUAGCAAACAGCAGCCACUGCAAGAAAGGCAGCCUGACCUGUCAAAGGACGCUCUGCACCGGUCGAAAAAAGCCAAGGAAGACUCAGCAACAUCGACGGAUCCCAACGCGCCGAGCGCAAUGGAGACCGACGUGACUUCAUCGUCGAAUAAGCGGGCGCACGUCGAGACGGUGAAAGGCGACGACCCGGGUGGUGGCCUGAACGCCGAGGAGCCGCCUGCGAAAGCGGCACCGGUACGACGCUCACCAUCCGGGCCGAAGCCCAGCGUUCCCCCAGAUAAACGCAAGGCGGACGCGGCGCCGAAGUAGGCGCUGGGGCCUGCACUUCACGGGUGCCUGUACAACAUGUCGCGCAAGAUUUUCAAGUGCACGGACGGCAAUGGAUUGUCGCGCCGGCAACCGUCCGUCGAAGAGGGUUCAGAUGUGCCAGACAUGACACUGCAAGGAAUGGCCGUCUGCAAUGAUACGAAUGCUGUGCGGUCAUGUACAGAGGUGAGCGCUGUGCGACCCGUUUGCUCCUCACAUAAUAUGCACGGUGAAACUGAAAAGCCAAUGCGAGUAGCCACACUGAAUGUCAGGGGCUUAGCGGCCCGGAGAAGGCAGUACCAAGUGAGCCGCCUGUUUUUGGAAAAUGACUUAGAUCUAGUCGCAGUGCAAGAAACUAAAAUCGAGAGUGAGGAUCAGACGGCCCGCAUGGUGGAAACCUUUCGAACGCGCUACAAUGUUUGUAUUUGUCAUGCUGUGGGCACAUCUGGUGGUUGCGCGAUAUUCAUUCGUAAUAACAUAGGCAUCUCUGAUGUGAGCAUUGUUAUCUCGGAAGCAGGACGCUUGCUUAUUAUAGACUUUUUAUUUUCUGGUCACCCCUGGCGAGUGAUCUGUGUUUAUGCACCGAAUAGCGCGACUGAGCGCGUAGCCUUCUUCGAAAGAAUCGAGUGUUACCUGCAGUGUUCGAAACGUAUUGUUAUGCUUGGUGAUUUCAAUUGUGUGCUGAUGGCAGAGGACAGAGCUAAAGUUGUACUUUGCCGCGACAAAAGUGCAAAGGUACUAGAUGCACUAAUCCAAUAGAAUGAUUUGGAGGACCUGGGCUGGCUGCUUUCAAAUGGAAAUCGACCCGUUUUCACACACUUCCAGCGUGGCAGCAGUGCGCGGCUCGAUAGAGUGUACGCCACGGUUGACUUUGUGAGCAUGUGCACUAAGUAUGAAGUAAAGCAUGUCUCUUUUAGUGAUCA